CCGCAAACAUCUGGAGGACAGAGGAUCGAUCAGGUAAAAGAGCAGAACCACGUUGUGUUUGUGUGUGAGCAGCAUGACGGGUCCGCUGCACGAUUCCCACAGGUUGUCUGUGAAAACAUGGACGGAGGAGGAUAGUGAUCGUGCUGAGAGCACACUUAGCAGGGGACAGUCCACAUGUGAUGACACUUCUUCAGAGCUGCAGCGAAUGGCCGCCAUCGAAAGGAAUUCCCAGAGUUCCUUUCGAGGCCGAGGGGCCCUGUCCAGAAUAGUGAGCAUGGUGAUGACUCUGAGGGAAUGGGCCCAGAAGAGUCUGGCCGAGGAGACGGAGCGGCCCGAUUCCUUUCUGGAGCGCUUCCGGGGUCCGGCCAACGCCGACCUCCAGGCCCCGCCCAGCAGGUUCAGCCACACCCACACCGGCUCUGAGACGGAGCAUGAAGCCCGACGCUCCCGACGCACGAGGAGGAAAUGGAAGCUUGUGGUUUUGUCCCCGUCUGAUGACGCCUACUACAACUGGCUGAUAGUGAUUGGAGCAGCGGUUUUUUAUAACUUCACCCUAUUAGUCGUGAGGGCCUGUUUUGAUGAGCUCCAGAUGAAAAAUGUUCAGGUGUGGUUAGUCCUCGACUACAUCUGUGAUGGAGUCUACAUCCUGGAUAUCGCUGUUCGUCUCCACACAGGUUUUCUAGAUCAAGGCUUGUUGGUGAAGGAUGUUCGUCGUCUGAGAGAAACCUACAUCCGAACACUACAGUGCACCUUGGACAUCUUCUCCAUCCUCCCCACGGACCUCCUGUACCUCAUAGCCGGGAUGAGCUACACGCCUCUUCUCCGGUUCAACCGCCUGCUGCGGCUGUCGCGUCUCUUCGAGUUCUUUGAACGAACAGAAACACGCACGAGUUAUCCCAACACGUUCCGCAUCUGCAAGUUAGUCCUGUACAUCCUAGUCAUCAUCCACUGGAACGCCUGUGUGUACUACAGUUUCUCCAAAGUCCUGGGUCUGGGUUCCGACUCGUGGGUGUAUCCCAAUGCUUCGGACCCCGAGUUCGGCUCGCUGGCUAGAAGCUACAUAUACUGUCUGUACUGGUCCACUCUAACACUCACCACCAUCGGCGAGACUCCUCCACCUGUUAGAGACGAGGAGUACCUGUUCUUGAUAUUUGACUUUCUGGUUGGGGUUCUGAUUUUUGCCUCCAUUGUUGGCAACGUUGGAUCCAUGAUCUCCAACAUGAAUGCAACGCGAGUGGGCUUUCAAACUCGCGUGGACGCCCUCAAACAUUACAUGCACUUCAGGCAUGUCAGCAAGGUCCUGGAGCAACGCGUCAUUCGCUGGUUUGACUACCUCUGGACCAAUCAGAAGACGAUUGACGAGCAAGAAGUGCUGAGGAGCUUGCCAAACAAACUACGAGCAGAGAUCGCCAUUAAUGUCCACCUGGACACACUGAAGAAGGUGCGUAUUUUCCAGGAUUGCGAGGCCGGUCUCCUCGUAGAGUUGGUGUUAAAACUUCGGCCCCAGGUGUUCAGUCCUGGUGACUACAUCUGCAGAAAGGGCGAUGUGGGCAAGGAGAUGUACAUCAUCAAAGAGGGCCACCUGGCGGUGGUGGGGGACGAUGGAGUCACCCAGUUCGCUGUGCUGACCUCAGGGAGCUGCUUCGGAGAAAUCAGCAUCCUGAACAUCAGCGGCAGCAAGAUGGGGAACAGGCGCACCGCGAACAUAAGGAGCCUGGGCUACUCUGACCUGUUCUGCCUCUCCAAACAAGACCUGAUGGAGGCUCUGCAGGAGUUCCCACACGCCAGGGCGCAGCUGGAGCAGAGGGGGCGGGACAUCCUGCAGAAGGAGGGGCUUCUGGAGGAAGUAAACGUGUUGGCCGGGGAAGAGCUGGAGGAGAAGAUGGAGAGGCUGGAAACCAGUCUGGACCGUCUGCAGACGUGCUUGGCGCGCCUGCAGAGUGAGUUCAACUCCUCCCAGCUCCGGCUGAAAAAGAGACUCACGACCCUGGAGCGCAACAUCACCACGGCAACCACCGGCAGCGGCUUCCUGUCGGACGCCGACGGCAGCGAGAGUGUCUCCGGCUGCGACUUUGUACGAAGCGAAAUCAACAUCCGGCUCUGAAGACUCACCUAUUUAUUUAUUUAUUUUCAGAAAUUUGAUAAGUAGACUCAAAAUAAAGUAAAUCCCAAUACGGA